UGGCGUGUGAGGUUGGUUGUGCAUGUGUAGGUAAGUUGGUCCGGUUUCGUACGACGCAUGCCUGACGUGGCGGUGACAGGGGAGUACGACCCCCAUGAUAAAAGGACCGGAUGGCGAGUCACAAGUUAUUCCGCCCACUGACUUCAGCCGGAUCACAGCAAGGAAGAUGUCUUUCUCCGCAUUCAUUUUGGUCGUCGUGGUCUCAGCAUGCAUAGUCGAAGCACAGAUGCCAGGAUUCCCCUCCCCAAUGAUGGGCGGUAUGCCAGGUGGUAUGAUGGGAGGUAUGCCAUCGGGUAUGAUGGGCGGUAUGCCAGGAGGUAUGAUGGGCAGUAUGCCAGGAGGUAUGAUUGGCGGUAUGCCAGGGGGGAUGAUGGCUGGUAUGAUUGGGAGACGAAGGCCAAGCUUCCGAAGGUCGCCAUCAUACCUCGGGGCAAAGCAGCUGGGGUGUUCCUACGGGAUAGACGUGGAAUCCAUGCUGCGGUACCUCCUACCCCGAGGGUGUUCCCCGGCCAAUGACUUCUGCCCUUUCAAGUACCCAGGAAGAAGAUGUGUACAAGCAGGACCCAUCGGCAUGUGCUGCCCUUCAUACGUCAACAAAGGGUUAAUUCAUUCAUCAGCAAACAUGAUAUUGAUGAAGAAUAUGGCAGAAAUGUUCGCCCUCUAGAUAAUGAACAUUCAUCACAACGUAACAGUAAACUUGUGUUACUCUCUGAACUCCCCGAGGAACAUUACUUCAGUAUCUGUCACCAAUCAACGGGGAGACACGUCAUUGACCAAUCAGCGUCUGUACUACCGACAAAACAUACGGGAACUCAUGACAUAAUAUUGAAGGCGCAAUGACCAUAAAUGACUGUAGAAUGAAUUUCAGGCUUGUAGAUCAAUAUCUCGUGUGUCAGCCAUGCACGACACCUUGAUGGCACACUGUUCAUUAACUUGUGUGGUGGUCCUUGGCAACGACAGGACGCAUAUUAUCGCUGGCCAGUCAAAUGUCCAUUCACAGUAACCAAAUUAGUUCGACUGUCGUGUGUGAUACCGCCCACACCAUGACAUUUCCGGCCCCAUACCGAUCGUGGUCAAGAAUUGCUGCCCUGGCAUAACUCUCGCCGCUACGUCGACAACAUCGUUUUCUGCCAUCUGUGAACAGAGGUGAAACCUUGAUUCGUCUGUAAACAUGGUAUAACGCCAUUGGCGAAGAGCCCAUCUUGGUGUUGCCAUGCCCACCACAACCUUUGCCCCUGUGGUAAGUUAUUAGGGUCACCCUACCCUACUUGUAACGGUAGGCGUUGGAAUACGCCUUGCUUUUAUUGUACGGAAUUCUCUAUAGAUAACAGGAGCAGAUCUGAAUCUGCAAUUAAUAUGAGACGAUCUUGUCGAGGCGUCCUUUUUGUAGGUAGGCCUGCCACGCCCUAGUGUCACUGCAACCCAACCCCGUACUUGUCAACAGGCGAGAAAUAACUCUUUUUGAUUUGCCAAAUAUUCGUGCAACUUGGAAUAUUGAUGUCUCCCCGUCUGUUCAUUGAGAUACUAUCUUGACAUUUUAAGCGUGUGCUCAACUCAAUUGCAUUUGUGAUUUUGAAUUCCCCUGAAGGUGCACAGACUUUGAUUUCAGUGUGUACCUGUAACACGUGCAGAGUUGCGUCCCUUGGGCACAGAA